GACAGUGUCCCUUCACUACCGCCAUGGCGGAGAACAUUUACACCAAGGGAACCCAGGUCUGGUUCCCAGACAAGGAGCUCAGCUGGAUAUCGGGCGAGGUGACCUCCGUCAUCAAGAACCCAGACGACUCCGUCAAGCUCGUCUUCCAAGAUGAACGCGGCAAAGAAAUUGUCGUCAGCACGACUGUGAAGGAGAUUAAGGACGGCCGCGAAGACCUCCCGCCAUUACGAAACCCGCCAUUACUGGAAACCGCUGAUGAUUUGGCUACGCUAUCCCAUCUCAACGAGCCUUCAGUUCUCCACACGAUCCGGAACCGUUAUGCACAGCACAGCAUCUACACGUACUCUGGUAUCGUGCUCAUUGCCAUGAACCCAUUCCAGCGCGUUACGCUCUACGGCCCCGAGAUCAUUCAGGCGUACAGUGGCAGGAAGAGAGGAGAACUGGAGCCACACUUGUUUGCUAUUGCAGAGGAUGCAUAUACGGCGAUGAGCAGAGAUGGAACAGGCCAGACUAUCAUUGUCUCUGGAGAAAGUGGUGCAGGUAAGACAGAAUCCGCAAAGUUCAUCAUGCGCUACCUGGCCUCUGUCAAUCCCCCGGAUGCCCAGGGUCGCGGCAAGACGAAGGCAUCGCUGGACGAAUCCUCCGAAGUCGAGCGUCAAAUCCUGGCUACCAAUCCUGUGCUUGAAGCAUUUGGUAACGCGAAAACAACCCGUAACGACAACUCUUCACGAUUCGGUAAAUACAUCCAGAUCCUGUUCGAUGGCAAGCAGGAGAUCGUUGGUGCUCGUAUCCGGACAUACCUUCUCGAGCGUUCCCGUGUGGUCUUCCAGCCUCUUACGGAGCGAAAUUACCACAUCUUCUACCAGCUCUGUGCCGGCGCGCCUCUCAAGGAGCGGAAAGAUCUCGCGCUGGAUGUUGAUGUCUCAAAAUUCCACUAUCUGAAACAAGGCGGCCCAACCUCGACACCAAUCAAUGGUGUUGACGAUGCUGAAGAGUUCAGGACGACACAAACUGCUCUGUCAACCAUCGGUAUCGGUAUCGAAAAACAGUGGGCUGUUUUCAAACUGUUAUCGGCGUUGCUCCAUCUCGGAAACAUCCAGGUGACCCAGGCGCGGAACGAUUCGAAUAUAGACGACACGGAUUCAGCGCUCCAGUUGGCGACACGGUUUCUCGGCGUUCCCCUUGCGGAGUUCAAGAAGUGGACGGUCAAGAAGCAGAUCACGACGCGUUCCGAGAAGAUUAUCACGUCUCUCAACGCUGCACAGGCUACGGUCGUUCGAGACUCCGUCGCAAAAUUCGUGUAUGCGUGUCUAUUCGAGUGGCUUGUCGCAAUUGUCAACGAGAGUCUGGCCGGAGAGAAUGGCGAAGCUGCAAACAAGGCCGAGAUGUUUAUUGGUGUGCUGGAUAUCUACGGCUUCGAGCAUUUUAAGAAGAAUUCCUUUGAGCAGUUCAGUAUCAACUACGCUAACGAGAAACUUCAGCAAGAGUUCAACGCGCACGUCUUCAAGCUCGAGCAGGAAGAGUACAUGCGCGAGAAGAUCAACUGGACUUUCAUUGACUUCUCAGAUAACCAGCCGUGUAUCGAUGUUGUCGAGGGCAAGCUUGGUGUCUUGGCUCUUCUCGACGAAGAGUCUCGUCUACCCGCGGGUACGGAUACCUCCUUCUUGCAGAAGCUCAACAAUCAGCUUCUAAAGCCGGGAAACAAGACUGUUUUUAAGAAGCCUCGGUUCGGUAACUCUGCGUUCACGAUCGCCCACUAUGCCUUGGACGUCACCUACGAGGUCGAGGGUUUCCUCGAGAAAAAUCGUGACACUGUUCCGGACGAACACAUGGCCCUCCUUAUGGACACCAAAAACGCUUUCUUGAAGGAAGUCCUCGAUGCCGCCUUCGCUGCCACGAAGUCACCUGAAGCUCCCCCCGCAUCUCCUACUGCGAGCACCACGAGUACCAGCUCGAAACGCCAGUCGAUCAUUCCUGACCCUGGCCGUGCUUCCAUCAUGUCCCAGGCUGCGAGUCAGGGGGCUAAGCGGCCAGGUGCAGUGGUUAAGAAGCCAACGCAGGCAUCGAUCUUCAAGGCAUCUCUAAAUAACCUCAUGGAGACGCUUGGCAUGACCAACGUACACUACAUCCGUUGUAUUAAACCGAACGAGGUAAAGCGGGCGUGGGAGUUCACCCCAGCGCAGGUACUCGGUCAGUUGCGAGCUUGUGGUGUCCUCGAAACAAUUCGCAUCAGCUGCGCGGGCUACCCCACUCGAUGGACGUACGAGGAGUUUGCGGAACGAUACUACAUGUUGGUGUCCUCCUCGGAGUGGAAACCCAUGAUCCAGAACCUUGAGCUCCAGCAGCUCUGUAAUCUGAUUCUUGAGCGCACGAUAAACGACCCCGACAAGUACCAAUCUGGUUUGACAAAAAUCUUCUUCCGUGCUGGUAUGCUUGCCGCUCUCGAAUCGUUGCGCUUGAACCGCCUGAAUGCACUUGUCACCGUUGUGCAGAAGAACAUGCGCAGGAAGAUGGCUGUCAAGAAGUACCAGGAGCUCCGCCAUGCGACGAUCGAAAUCCAAACUUGGUGGCGUGGUGUCCUCGCCAAGCGGUUUGUUGAGGGCGUUCGGCGGGAAACAGCUGCAGUUCGGAUGCAGGCCGCGAUCCGGAGAUACAUCCAGAGGCGAAGAUUCAUCGAUGUCCGUAAUGCUGUUGUCAAGUUCCAAAGCCGCGUUCGCGGCGCUCAGGCUCGCCAGCUCUUCAAAGAGUCAAGACGGGGACACGCCGCUACCCUCCUUCAAAGCCUGCUCCGUGGAGCUCUCGUCCGAAGAUUAUACCGCACGGACGUUAAGCACGUCAUCUACCUGCAGUCCUGCAUCCGGCGUAGGUUAGCACGGAAGGAGCUCAAAGCGCUCAAGGCUGAGGCGCGCUCGGUGUCAAAGUUCAAGGAAAUCUCGUACCGGCUCGAGAAUAAGGUUGUCGAACUCACUCAAUCGCUGCAGAGGAGAACAGAGGAGAAGAGGGGUCUCGAGAUUCAACUCGUACAGAUCGAGCAGCAGCUGGCAAAUAUGACAAGCAGGCACGAAGAUGCGGAUGCGCGUGCAAAGCAGCUGCAGAGCAAUCUGCAAGAGGCUCAGCUCGAAAUUGCCCAGCGCGACGAGCUCUUGUUGCAGAAGGCAAACGUCGAGAAGCGUCUCGAAGAGGCUCUGUUCCGUGCGCAAGAACAGGAGGAGAAGAUCCAGAGGCUUACAGACGACAUAGUGCGCCAAGCGAGCCAGCUAGAGGGUGUCCAGAAGGCUGCCGCUACCGCGCCUCAGCGUGCUACCGAGGACAGCUCUGUGAUCCUCACACUCAAGAACGAGGUCAGCAGCUUGCGCGAGCAGCUCAACCGCGCAAACGCUUUGAACUCUCUGACGGCCCGUGGACGCGAGCAGCAACCGUUGUCGCCCACGUUCGCACCCAAUCUCCGGUUGGCCGAGCCGCCAAACGUCAGUGCCGUCAGCCCAAGCGGCGCGGUGGCUGUCAACGGUCGUGCACACCAACGCCGUCACAGUUCAGCUGGUGUCUACGCCAUCAGCCCAUCGGAUAAUAGGACGUCUGUUGACGAGCUGAUGAUGAAUGCGAAGAAGAGUCAGGCAUCCAACCCUCGCGCUGUCUCUGUUGCCUACAAUGGAGAGGACAGUGUACCCCGCUUCCCGCGCUCCAACGGUCUCUCAGAUAUCUAUGACGACCCUGCCGAGGAGAAGAUUCGUCUCAUGCAGGAUAUCAAGCACCUGGACGAGGAUGUUUUGGACGGCCUCAUUCGCGGCCUCAAGAUCCCUGCGCCGAAUGCUAAUAACCCGCCGGUGAUGAAGGAGAUCCUGUUCCCCGCGAACCUGAUCAGUUUAGUCACGAACGAGAUGUGGAAGUACGGUCUCAUUGCCGAAAGCGAGCGCUUCCUCGCGAACGUCAUGCAGACAAUCCAGAGUCAUGUGAUGUCCUUCUCUGGCGAGGACGCGAUUGUCCCUGGUAUCUUCUGGUUAUCAAACGUUCACGAGAUGCUGUCAUUCAUCUGCAUCGCCGAGAGUGACAUGCUCCAAGGCAUUGGUCCUGGUGAAGAGAACGCAGUGCGGCCGUUCGAGUGGGGCGACUACGAACGUCUCGUUUCUGUUGUCAAACACGAUCUAGACAGUCUAGAGUACAACAUCUACCACACCUGGAUGCUUGAGACCAAGAAGCGGCUCCAGAAGAUGGUUAUACCCGCGCUCAUCGAGAGCCAGUCGUUACCCGGCUUCACCACAGCCGAGGGCGGUGGACGCUUCUUCAAUCGGCUCAUCAACUCGAAUACCCAGCCUGCCUACAGCAUGGACGAUAUCCUCAACCUGUUGAAUAAGGUUUGGAAAAGCUUGAAGAGCUACUACAUGGAAGAGUCGGUGAUUCAACAAGUCACCACGGAGCUCCUCAAGUUAAUUGGCGUCACGAGCUUUAACGACCUACUCAUGCGACGUAAUUUCUGUUCAUGGAAACGAGCUAUGCAAAUACAAUAUAAUAUCACUCGUAUAGAGGAGUGGUGCAAGUCUCACGACAUGCCAGAAGGAACCCUUCAACUUGAGCACUUGAUGCAGGCCACCAAGUUGCUGCAGCUUAAGAAGUCAACGCCGGCGGAUAUUGAGAUUAUCUACGACGUAUGCUGGAUGUUGACGCCCACGCAAAUACAGCGCAUGUGCACGAACUACUACGUCGCAGACUACGAGACCCCCAUCUCGCCUGAGAUUCUUCGCGUGGUAGCAUCUCGCGUCAACGCUAACGACAGAAACGACCACCUGCUCCUUCCACCAGAGACGGAAGAUGUAGGCCCGUACGAACUCCCAUUACCAAGAGACGUAUCCGGUCUAGAGACGUAUGUGCCCGCGUACCUGAACGUGCCACAUCUCCGGAGACUGGCUGCUCUGGUAGCAUAGUCGUGCUCUCCUUUAUCCCUUCGUCGUUAAUACUUGGGCUGUUUUGGAUCGUGUAAUCUACACCUAAUUUGCUUAUUCAAUCGGAGGACCGGAUAGUAUAAUUCAUUCUCUAACUUUCUGCCUCUCGUACUUCAGGGUGUAGAAAGGCAUCGCUCCGC